UUUUCUGGCAAUUCAAACCAGUUGGUUAUUUGUUUACCUUUUACUGCCUUUACUUGUCAUUUGCAGUAAUAUUCGUCUUUUCCUUUUUUUAAUCUUUCUUUUUAUUGUAUAAAUAAGUGUUAACAUGUGUUAAAGAAGUAAUGAUGACAAACUUGCGAUGUGAAUUUUAACAUGUUUGAAAAGAAUAAUAUCUAAUUUUUUUUAAUAUUUUUUAUAAAACGAUAGUUUUAUUUUCUUGACAUGCCUCCAAUCACACGCUGUAGGGUGUACUGUUUUUUAUUUUUAAUGGCUGUGUUGACUCCAUUUUACAUUAAACUGUGUAGAAUGCAAGGAAACUUUAAUACUGAAUGGAGGGACCAAAAGUUUUAUGAUACAGAAAAUGAGCAGAAUCGGAGAAAACUGCUGAUAGACAAAACUUGUCAGUUUUUAAAAAUCAACCAGACUUUAGAGGAUAUCCCUUCUUCUUAUUUGGACCAUUUUAUUGUAGAUGACACUCACAAACUUAUAUACUGUUUUGUACCUAAGGUUGCAUGCACUAAUUGGAAAAGAAUACUUCUGACUUUAAGAAAAUCAAAGCCAAUGGAUCCUUUAACUAUUGCUGGUAAUGAGACACAUCAGGUAAACAUUUUUAAAACUUUGAAUCAGUAUUCAUCUGAAGAGAUAAAAACAAAACUCAAAAGUUAUUGGAAAUUUGCUUUCACCAGACAUCCAUAUGAAAGAAUACUGUCCGCAUAUCGUAACAAGUUGGAAGACAGCUAUGUCAACUAUUUCAGAAUCCGCUUUGGAACCGAAAUAAUUAAAAAAUUCCGUACAAAUCCCUCAAAAGAAUCCCUAGAAAAGGGUCACGAUGUCAGGUUUGCGGAAUUUGUGCAAUAUAUUACGAGCCUCAGCGUCAUCGAGUGGAAGAAGGCUUUCAAUGAGCACUGGCGUCCUGUUUUCGACCUUUGUUUCCCGUGUCACAUUAAGUACGAUUUUAUUGGAAAAUAUGAAACAUUGGUAGAUGAUGCAAAUUUUAUUCUAGAAAAAACUGGUGUUUCUAAGUACGUCAAGUUUCCCGAAAGGUUAAAAAGUUAUCCAAAUAAACCCACACGCGAUGUGAUGCAAAGUUAUUAUAGAAACCUAUCAACAGAGACUCACAGAAAACUUUUUGAAAUAUAUAAAGAAGAUUUUACUCUUUUUGAAUAUGAUAUACCUUAUUUAUGAGGCUUGUUUUUUUACAUAUAUUUUAUUGAAAUAUUAUAAAUGCUACUAAAAAUUUUAUAAAUUUGUGGUAGCUUGAAUUUUAUUCUAGGUAGCUUGAAAUUUAAUACAGCUUGCAUUUAAUUGGGGAAGUUAUCAGUGUUAUACUUUUGCCUGAUAUUAAGUUUUACAAGUUGAUAAAACUAUUUUUAAUAUGUGCAUUUUUUUUAACUCAGUACUUUGACAAUCUGAUAUUCAGUGUUGUUGUUGCAAAGUGUUAUUGUAUUGUUACUUUGACAGUCUAAUAUAUUUAGUGUAAAUAAUGCAUUUUUCUACUUAAUAAUUUGAGUCAUCUUAUUUUUGUUACUAUUUAUUUUAUUAAUGCAUGUUUUAAAAUAGUGAAUCGUCUACUUUUAUGCUAUACCAGUACUGGUUUUAUAUAACUAUAUGUAUGAAGGGGAAAAAAAAAUUUCCAUCUAGAUAUGCUAAAUUCAUAAUUUGUGUUUAAUAUUGAGAAGCUGCUAUUUGUUUAAUUGGAAUUAUGUAUUUGAUAAUAAAAAUAGUGCGUGGAGAUCCUCCGCGCGGAAGAAGUGAAACUUCAUAAUGUGGAAAUGAAAAUAGGAAGCGGUAGAAAUUGAUUUUUAGUGAAAUCAUACUGUUUCUUUAAGACAAACUUUAUUAACAUUACUUACAAUUGAUCGCAUUAUUAACAAUUAAUUGCAUGAUUAAUUGAUCGCAUCUUUUAAUUAUCAUUUUCUGCGCGCAUGCGUUCAAGUGCCACGCAUUCACUCUAUCUCUUCCCCCUCCCCAGGAGCAUUGAACGUUUAACGCAACAGUGCUUUUAUACCCCCUCCAUGGUAGCUUUAAACGUUUGACGCAACCUUGUUGGCAACAGUAAAAAAAAAACAUAGAAAAAUAAGUAUCUAAAGCAGAGUAUCUAUGUGCAUCAAAGUAUUUUUUUAAUUGUAUUUAAUAAAAAAAAUAUACUUAAUAACUUUUUAAAUACAAUACUUUGUUUCAUUUAAAAAAAAUUUCGCUGAGUAAAAAAUAUUAAUAAUAAAAUAUAUUUUUAAAAAGAAUUAUAAUAAGAAAUCAGCUUAUUUCUAAAUUUCAGUAAGGUAUUCUUGGUGAAUUUAAAAAAAAUAUUGCUUUGUUUUCUUUAAUGCCAAUAUUACCUACUAUGUUUUUCUCUUACUUCGUGCGCUCAACGAACGUAACGUAAAGAGAAAUCUAGUUUCCAUGACAACGGUAGCGUUAAACGUUUAACGCAACCUUGUUGGAAGUCGCAUUAGAAGUUAUACUUCUAAAAUAGCAAUUUCCUUCCACAGUGGAAAAAACCGUCCCGGAAAAAAAAAAUUUAUUUCUUCCAACUUCAGUGAAGGAAAUGGAAGAAACACUUUUCCAAACGAAAAUGAAAAUCAUUUAAUCUGUUUAUAAUUGCAGUUUAGUUUAAAUAAUAAUAAUAAGUAUAAAUUAAAUAAGUAUUACUUUUCAAGCUGUUUAAUAUAUAAUCUUUUAAUUGAGUGAGAACUCAAUUAAUUCAAAACUCCAAAACGUAUGAAUUCAGUGACAUUUACUGAACAUUAGGUCACCAUACUAGAGUGAACCCUAUCUACCGGCAAACUUGGAGAUAAAAAAAAACAUGUAAAACAAGUGCAGAUGUCUCCCAAAUCUACACCCAACAUUUAUUAAUACUACUAAGAACAAAUUGAAUUCCCAAUUACAAAUAGCAUUUUUAUUUUUAUAAUCAAAUACUGUUUACAUAGCUGCCAACUGUACUGGAUUUUGCCAGUUUUUCUUGGUCUACUGCUUUAAUAAGUAUUCUGGUUUUUAUAAAUUUUUAGAAAAGUCCCUAAAAUAAUCCCUAUUGAAAUGGCAUUUUUGCACAAAUUAUUGCUCGAUUGAAUGUUUAAAUAUGUAUCACGGAUAGAUAAUGAAACGGGCCUCAUUUACAGAAAAUUUUUAAAUUACCAGUUUAAAACUUUUUUGUUCUAAAAUGUUCAAUUUGCUUUAUUCAGAACUCCCUUUCUAAACUAUUGUAAAAGUCUUUUAACUACCUCUGAUGAAUUAAAUUAUUACUAUUUAAAAUUAUGAGUAAACACAAUACAUUGCGUUUCAAGUUCAUUUAAUGUCAAUCAUAUUGAUAGCUAUAAAAAUUCCCUAUGUGUAAAGUAUUUAGUACAUUGUGCAAUAAUUAUCAUGAAAUUUAAAUUAUUUUGUAAAAUCUACUGGAUUUUUUCCUAUCCAUGUUGGCAGAAAUGUGUUGAGUAUAAAUAUUCAAACUCACUCUUAAUACAAUAUGUAGAAUUUUAAAAUUUUGCAUGAAACUAAAAAAAAAAAUGAAAAUAAUUUAAUUAUAAUAAUAGUCUAAUAAAUGUAAACAAAUUUUAACUUUGUGUUAUUAUAUUAAAUUUAAUUUACUUAAAUUAAAGCUAUUCUUAUGAAACUAAAAUUAGUCUUUUUUAGUUUCUUCAAUUUUAUCCAGUUUCUUUCGGUUCUUUCCAUUGCCCUGGAAGAAACAGGUUUCUUCAGGACGAAUUGUCAAUCAUGAUAUUUGUAGAAUGUUUAUGAAUGUUAUUUAUUUCUUUUUUAUUGUUCACUGCCAAAUCUUCACUUUUCAGUUGCAUCAGAAAUUGUAUUUAAAAUCCUAUCAGGUAUACACUAUGCUAAUUUUAAAAAAAAUAUAUAUAUCAUAAAAACAUUUCCCUCAUAUAAAUACAAAAUAGUCUUGCUGCCAUUAUUUCUUGCUUAAAUACUAAAUUUAAACUAGCAUUUUAUUUUAUAUAUUUUAUAAUUUGAUUAUUAUUAAAGAUUAAUGUAAUAUACUUGAAUUUAUAUAUGUUUCAUUUCUUACUUUAAAUAAGUAUGCAUUAUAUACAUCUGCCAUUUGAAAAUUUCCCCUCUAUCAUUUUAUAUGCUCUUACUUUUUUUUCUCUUUUUAAAGUGAAAAGUUUUAUUUUCUUUGAAAUCUUUUAUCUAGACAGUUUAUCUUUUUGUUUCUAAAAAUUUUCUUCAAACAAGUAUGAAGCUUUAAUCAAAAUAAUUUUAUCUGCAACUGCUGUGUAUUUACAUGCAUAAGAGACAAUUUAUGACAGCUACUUAAUUAAAUUAUUAUAAUUUUGUUUAGUUGUUCAAGAACAUUGCGAAGAAAAAAAAUUUUUGUUUAAAUUUUUUUUUAAAGGAUAUUGUUUGUGUGCUCUAUAAUUAAAAAGUAUGUUAUGUUAACUGUCGUAACAAAUUCUUCUGAUCAAUUCUACUUUUAAAAAAGUGUUUUUUGUCUUAUACCAGAAGAACUUAAAAUUUAUAGAAUAUAUAUUUUUAGUUAUAAUUUUACUUGUGCCAAAAUAUUAUUUAUUAUGUAAAAUGUACUUUUCCCAGAUUAUUAUUAAUUUCUUUGUAUUGUCCAGAGAUGUUAGUUGCCAAAAAAUAUAUAAAACAUAUACAGUCAUCUUUGUUUUAACUCUUUUGUUACUGAAACAAUCCACUUAUACAGCUUUGCCUAUUUUAUGAUACAGUUAAAGAGCUUAAUGACAAAAGUCCCCAAAUGUUUCAGGAUCUGUAGAACAUAAUUACUAGUAAAUGGGUACAACAGAAAAUUUUUCAUCAUGCAUUCAUUAAAUAAUUCAAAUGUAGUUGUCAUUCAAAUAUUUUCUGUUUAACAUAACAUAUUUUUUUAUGUUUUUAAAUUUCCCAUUCAUUACGAAGUUGUAAUAUUUUCUAUGAUAAUCAUGUUUUAUACCUUUAAUUCCCCUAUAUGUCUUGUAGCAUGUAUAUCUUAAAAUUUGCUUUUUAUAUUUGAAUAUUUGUUUUAUGUGUCAAAGUAUUUUUUUAUAGAAUUUCUUACACUAUUGAAUCUCAUAAUAAACUUUUCAUUGACAAAGAAUUAUGUCCUUUGAAUAAAAAAAAUGUCACACUGC